AGCCAGCACAGAAGAAGCAUUUACCUGUCCAGGUAAGUCAGGAAGAGGUCCAAAGACGGAAACUACAGGAGACAGCGGAAGCCGUCUCUGUCCCCCUGUCCCCGUUCUGCCCUUUGAAAUACAGGGGUGUUUGUUCCUCUCUUCAGCCCCCCACCCAGGGAAGGCCCAGCUUGGGAUAUUCUUCACUUCUCUUCGCUUCCCCUCUGGGAGCCCCUUUCACCGUCCCUGCACCUUGUUUCUGGCAAUGCCGGAGAGGGAGCUGUGGCCAGAGGGGCCCGGCUCAGAACCCGUGACCCGCGUCGGCAGCUGGAACAGCAUGAUGAGCACCACCUCCACCCGCUCUGGAUCUAGUGACAGCAGCUACGACUUCCUGUCCGCUGAAGAGAAGGAGUGUUUGCUCUUCCUGGAGGAAACCAUUGGCUCAUUGGACACUGAGGCUGACAGUGGACUGUCCACUGACGAGUCUGAACAAGCCACAACUCCCCAAAGUCCCCGUGCACUGCCCCAAAUCCAGCCUGCUCCCCAGGGACAUCCAGAGGAGGUUUUCGUUCAGCAAAGACUAGAGCCAAGGAGAGUGACUCAGUCCAGCUCACCGCAUCUGCCUGAACCCCAAAGCCCAAGCUUCAGAUCCGGCUCCUACAGCCUCCCCAGAAAUAUCCAUAUCGGCAGGAACCAGAACCUCAGGAAAAGCACCACCCAGACUAAUAGCCACAUCCCAGGGAAACCUGAGAGGCUCAUCCCAGACCCUGAGAAAGAGCAGGUCAGCCAGACCAGUGAGCCCAUCGAGGCUCCGACCGCCCUCCAGGAGGCUGCCCUUGAUUUGGACAUAGCUCUUAUCCCCCCACCAGAGGCUUUCCGGGACACCCAGCCAGAGCAGAGUGGGGAAGACAGCCCGCCCAAAGGACCAGUGGAGAAGAACCCCACGCCCCAGCUCCACAUGUCAAUCAGCCCCCAGAAGAGGAAGGAGACUUCUUCAGAGGCCAUGUCCCAAAAAUCCAAUGAGAAAGGCUCAAUGGGGGCACCAGGACAACCUCAGCCUCUUCUGGCUGUGUCGUCUCAGAAUGCUAGAGCUGCAGAUGCUCCAGUCCCAUCAGGGAGUGAUCCAAGUACCCAGCUGGCUCCCCUCACAGCACCUAAGCCCCGGAGGCUACCACCUAAUAUUGUUCUUAAGAGCAGCCGAAGCAGUUUCCACAGUGAUCCCCAGAACUGGCUGUCUCGCCACUCUGAGGCUGCCCCUGGAGAUUCUAGCCUGGUCUCCUCUUCCCUGCAAGAGCAAAGGAAAGCCCGCAAAGAAGCUCUGGAGAAGCUAGGGCUACCCCAGGACCAAGAUGAACCCAGCCUCCACUUAAAUAAGCCCACCAGCUCCAUCAGACUCAAGGAUACUUGUGCUCAGGCCCCUUCCCCCACUCCAGCUUCAGCUCCUGCUCUGGUGCUGCCUGCAACUCAGGUCUCAGUAGCUGUGCCUGCUGCAGGGAAGACUUCAGCUCCUGCUCCAACCCGGGGAACUUCUCCAGUGAAAGCCCCAGCUCUGGGUCCAGCUCAGGGGUCUUCUCCAGGGAAGGUUCCAGUAGUCAAAUCCAUGCCAAUUCCUAUCUCUACGGCCUCAAGGGCAAAUAGCCCCCUGACUCAGCCAAAGCCAAACUCAGGGCUGACUCUCCAGGAGAGUAGCAUCCCUGGCCUGAGACAGAUGAACUUCAAGUCCAACACUCUGGAGCGUUCAGGUGUGGGGCUGAGUAGCUACCUCUCAGCUGAGAAAGACCUCAGCCCCCAAACCAGCACCUCUCUGGGAAAAGACUCCUUCUUGAACAAGAUCUCACCCAAUGUCUGGCGUAAUUCCCGGCCCCGCCCUGCCUCGUUGGGCACCGGGAAGGACUUUGCAGGAAUUCGGGUGAGCAAGUUGGCUGACCAAGAGCUGGAGCAGAGCUCCAAGCGCCCAUCUCACCAAGGACAGAGCCCUGAUAAGCUGCCUCGACCCACCUGUGUCAGUGUCAAGAUUUCCCCCAAAGGCAUCUCUGAUGAGCACAGAAGGGAGGCUCUGAAGAAGCUAGGACUAUUGAAGGAGUAAACACUGACCACCAGCACUGCCCGCACAACCUCCUCCCUGCCUCCUGUCAAACGAGAAGACACUCAAGCCUCCAGUCAGGAGCCUUGCCCACCUUGCUACUCAAAGGUUGGGCAGGGGUAGGCCCCUCUCCAAUGCUCUGCUCUCUGGGGUAAAGGAGAGAGAGGAGAGACUGCAGUCCAAGCCUACACAUAUUCAGGGUGGUUGUGCCAAUGAGUACCUGCUCAAAUCAUCCUGAAGAUGAUUUCCACAAGUAUGUAUGUGUGUAUGUAUGUUAGACUAUAUAUCACUGAAGCUAUUUAUAUGACACAUGGAGUCAUUGCUCAGAAUUCUGCUCAGGUUGGUUAGAGUUCAGCCUAACGAGAACUGAGUGGAGGGGGUGGCUAAACCUGGGAAUCAUAGUAAAAUUAGACGGUGCUUGUGCCAGUGACAUUGAGCACAUGCAGCACCACCAGAAAUGUGGGUGUCCCAGAAUUCCUGCAAUGGAUGGAGACUGGCUCAUACCUUCCUGGAUUGCUCUGUUAGUUCUGGCCUUCUGGACAGAGGCCUGGGGCCAAGAGGCAUUGGUUUGUUAUCUAUCUCUUCACCAGCUGCCUUCUGACUGUAGCUGGUCCCAAGGAUAGGACACAUUCCUGUAACUAAAAGCACUUGGUUGACUGAGAGCCACAGAGCUCUUGUUGGUCCGAGGUCUGAGAAGGCAGGAAAAGUGUCCAAACAGCACACCUCCACUGGGGAGGGUCCUCAUCCAUGGACUUGACAAAUCAAUAAUAAACCAUGCAGUGGUUCUGGGUUCUGUGAUUUCUGCUCCCUUUCUCAUUCUGCUCUUGACUGAUGCCAGGGCCAGACCAACAUAGAGACAGAGGGGAGCCUGAGCCCAGAGGCAGCAAAGAACUGUUUCAGGCCUUGCCCAUGCUAUUACAUGCAGUAGAUUUUAACUUCCUCAGAGCCUAUAGGAAGUCAACCUAGUACAUUCUCUGCUAGUUAUUCAUAGAAUAUCAGAGCUGGGAGAGGCCUUAGAGAUGCUCAAAUCCAACCUUGCUGGAGAAAGGAAGUGACUCACCCAUGGUCACUGCCACUUAGUAGCUGAGCUGGGACCAGAGCUGGGCCCCUGAUCACCAUUCCAGGCUGCAUGCUGCCUCCCUUAAGCAGCACUUCUGUGCAUCCACACAGCACCCCGAGAACCCUUCAAGAUCCUGAAGUUUCCUCUGAAGUAUCAGAAAUUAAAUGUUACUCAUGUCA